AUGUCCAAUAAUCUUCUAAGUUUAGGAAAACAUUUUGUGUGUGGAACCAAGAUUAUCAGAUUGAAUCUUUAUUCUACUGUGACAAAAGCAAUGUCAAAUCAAAAUAUCAAGGUCAUUCAUUUACCAGAGGAGAAGCAAUUUAUUGCGGAAAUUGGGGAGUCUAAGGAAAAAGCACAUAUAGAUUAUGAAGUCAUUGGAGAUGGAAUAUGGGACCUUCAACAUACUCUUGUACCCGAAACUUUUCGAGGACAAGGAGUUGCAAAAGUUUUGGCAAAGUCGGCUUUCGAUCAUGUUGUAAAAGAAGACUUAAAAAUGAAAUUAACUUGCUGGUAUUUGCAAGGAUUUGCAGACAAAAACCCUGAAUAUAAAGAUAGAAUCGUAAAUUAG